AAGGUGAAGUACUUAGGGUCGACUGUUCAGGAAAAUGGGGAGUGUGGUAAAGAGGUCAAGAAGAGAGUCCAGGCAGGAUGGAGUAGAUGGAGAAAAGUUUCUGGAGUGAUUUGUGACAAAAGGGUGACAGCAAAGGUCAAAGGAAGAGUUUACAAGACAGCGGUGAGACCAGCUAUGUUGUAUGGUUUGGAGACAGUGGCAUUGACAAAAAGACAGGAGAAGGAACUGGAAGUGGCAGAACUGAAGAUGUUGAGGUUCUCCUUGGGAGUGACAAGGAUGGAUAAGCAGGUGACAGUUAUGGCGAGCACCAUAUAUGGUGAGAUGGUGAUGCAGAUGGCACCGCCCCCUAUCCCUCUAAGCCCCGCCCCUACCCCGUCCCAGUGUCCUGAGCUGGAUCUGUCCCUGACUGUGACUCCAGAGAGACCCAGACCAUCGGCUGGAGUUCCACAGACACGCCCACAGACACGCCCACAGACACGCCCGCGCCAGGUCAGGUUUGCGGUGAGUCCUGAGCCUCCUGUUACCACGGUGACCACUGAACCCUGCACCAACCAAUCAGCAUCUGAGAAGCACUCAGGCAAAACGAGACCAGGUCCAGGAGCAGAGGGGGGGGCGGGCGUGUCCUCUCAGAGUAACGGGCGGCCGCUGGAGGAGGCGGGGCUAAACACUACGCUAGCUCUAAAAGCAGAGCUGCAGCAGCUGGGGGAGGCCAUGUUCGAUUCCCAGAGGGCCGUGCAGGAGAAACUGCAGAAAUCAUCCACCGUUCAGGAGGGUGUUAGAUCCCGAAUCGCAGAGGGGGUGAAUUUUCGGCGCUCUGAUCACCUCUAUCGUUCCCUCGUCAGUGUGAGUCUGUCACAUGAUGAGCUCGUGGCUCAGGCUUUACGUGAUAGGCCGGCUCUCGUCGCUCCCACCCCCCACAGCACCAAGUUCCGCUCUCCUCCAGCAGAGGCUCCUGACCUGCUCGUCUUCUACCAGCCCCACUGCGUCAUCAAGGAGACGCCACUGUUGCCUGGCGACCACGUCCCCCUACCCCACCCGAGUCCGGCCCCCCGACCCGCUUACACCACCUUUCACCUACAUCAAAAGCACAGACAGUGGGAGGCGUGACCUGACCCGUCCCUCCCCGUGGGCGUGGCCUGAUGUGUGUGUGUGUGUGUGUGUGUGUGUGUGUGUGUAUUUAACUGAGUGUUAUUUAAUGUUCACUAAUAUUGUAUAAUAAACACGUUUAUCUCUUCCA